AUGGGUUGCGGCACCUCCAAGGAAGCCGUGCUCAGCAGCGACGGCAGCGGCAGGUGCAGCCGCAGGUUCCGGCGGAAGUCCAGCGUCGUCGCCACCGCCGCCCACCAGCCGGUCGCCACCAAGGACAAUGGCGACGACGUCAAGCUCCACAAGUCGGCGUCGGCGAAGGAGAAGGCCCCUAAGGAGCGGGCCGGCAAGGCCGGUUUGGCUGCGCUCGUCGUCAAGGACGGCGACGAGGCUGCGUCCACCGUGAUCGGCGCCAAGGUCGUCGGGGAGAAGAAAGAGGGGGAGAGCAAGCAGGACGGUAAGAAGGGAGCAGUCGCCGUCCCCGACGACAAGGGGAAGGGGACGGCGACCGAGGAGGCUGCCGGGCCGAAGAAAGACGAGGGCGUCAGGGACAAGGAGGUUGUCGCCGAUCGGGAUGACGGUGUGGCAUCCACGAGCGAGAGCGUCAUCGUCGUCGAGGAGAUGAGGAAUGGCCAGCCUGUCGAGGUGUCGAUCGCGCCUACCGUCGAGGCGGGAAGAGACCGUCGGCGGGGCGAGAAUGAGGAAGGGUGGUCGGCCGAGGCGAUUGAAGACGAGGCGGCAACGUCGAACGAGAAGGACAUCGAGGAGAUCAACGUGGAGGAUGACGGUAGUGUCGCCAUCCCGGAUGCCCCCGUGGGCGUAGUCACCAUUGAGGAUGACAGUAUCAUCUCGGCCGAUGCUCCGGCGAUAGAGAAGGACGAGAUUGGCACGUUUGUGCCUGCUCCGGUGGCCAACGAAGAUGCCGGUGCCACCUUCCUGGCUGCCCCGGUGGCCGGUGAUGAUGGCAGUGCUUCCUUCGUUGCUGCGCCGGCGGCCAAGGAGGACGAACUUGUAUCCAUCGCGUCUGCUCCGUUGGCGGGGGAGAUUGAGGGUAUCACCAUGUCGGUUGCUCCGGUUGCCGACGAGAUUGAUGUUGCCACCUUCCCGGCCGCUCCGGUGGCCAAGGAGGAGGAAAGUGAAACUGCCGCCUUGGUGGAUGCUCCGGUCGCCGAGGAGGUUAACGUCGCCGCCUUCCCAUCCGCUCCGGUGGCCAAGGAGCAGGAAACUGAAACUGCCGCCCUCGUUAAUGCUCCGGCCGCCGAGGAGGUUGGCGUUGCCUCCUUCCCGGCCGCUUCGGUGACCAAGGAGCAAGGAAGUGAAACUGCCGCCCUCGUGGAUGCUCCGGUCGCCGAGGAGGUUGGCGUUGCCGCCCUCCCGGCAGCUCCGGUGGCCAAGGAGCAGGAAAGUGAAACUGCCGCCCUGGUGGAUCCUCCGGUCGCCGAGCAGGUUGACGUUGCCUCCUUCCCGGCCGCUCCGGUGACCAAGGAGCAGCAAAGUGAAACUGCCGCCUUGGUGGAUGCGCCGGUCGCCAAGGAUGAGCAAACUGUAACUGCCGCCUUGGUGGACGCCCCGGUGGCCAAGGCAGAUGGAAGUGCAGCCACCGCCGAGGCUGCGCCGGUGGUCACGCGGGAGCAAGAAGAAGAUGCCGUCACCGUAGACGCCCCUGCCCCGACGACGGCCAACGAGGACGAAAUUGCCACCGGGGCGGCUGCUCCUGCAACCAACGUGGACGAAAGCCCCGCAUUCCCCACCAAGCCGGUGCCGGAGGUGGAGGUGCCAGAGGCGGCAGAGCAACCCACGCCUUCCUUGAACAACGACGAUCUGAGAAGCGAGCCAGAGCUGCCGGCGCCUACUGUCGUCAAAGAGGCCGCAGUCGAAGCCAAUGAUGAGACCGAGCAAACUAAGGAGGCAACGGCGACCGAGGAGGAGGUGGUCACCGUCGAGGAGGUCGACGUCGUGCCGCAAGAGGUCGAGAGCGUCUCCCGGGAGCCGGAACAGGAGGAGACAUCCGCGGCCACUUUGAGAGACGAUGAUGGUACUUUAUAA